UACUCCCUUUUAGUUUCCAAGCCCCUCUUCGCCUUGGUCUGCAGUUUCUCUCCCGAACUCAUCCCUGAUGGCUUCGUCGACGUCUUCUCCUGCCGUGAUGCUCUUCUUGUUCGCCAUCUUCGCCUUGUCGUCCGCCUUGGACAUGUCGAUCACCUCUUACGAUAGGACUCGUGCCGACGGCUCAAACUGGAGGACAGAUGAGGAGGUCAGGGACAUGUACGAGCACUGGCUGUUGGAACAUGGCAAGCUCUACAACGGCCUGGGGGAGAAGGAGAAGAGGUUUCAGAUCUUCAAGGACAACCUCAGGUUCAUCGAUGAGCGCAACGCCGAGAGCCGGACCUACAAACUGGGUUUGAAUCGGUUCGCCGAUCUGACCAACGACGAGUACCGGGCCAAGUAUCUUGGAGCCAGGAUUGAUCACAAGAGGAGGAUUGCCAAGACCAGGAGCAACCGUUACGCUCCAUGUGUCGGUGACAAAUUACCGGGUUUCGUUGAUUGGAGGAAGGAAGGCGCCGUAGUCGAGGUCAAGGACCAAGGAAGCUGCGGGAGCUGCUGGGCCUUUUCAACUGUCGCUGCCGUGGAAGGAAUUAACAAGAUAGUGACUGGAGAUUUAAUUUCACUAUCAGAGCAAGAGCUGGUCGACUGCGAUACAUCAUAUAACGAAGGAUGCAACGGUGGACUCAUGGACUACGGUUUUGAGUUCAUCAUCAACAACGGCGGUAUUGACACCGAAGAAGAUUACCCCUAUCGUGCUGUUAAUGGUAGAUGUGACACAUACAGGAAAAAUGCUAAAGUCGUCACAAUUGAUGACUACGAGGACGUUCCUGUCAAUGACGAGAGGGCAUUGCAAAAGGCCGUUGCAAAUCAGCCUGUGAGCGUUGCCAUUGAAGGUGGUGGCAGGGAAUUCCAGUUAUAUGUAUCCGGCGUCUUCACGGGAGAUUGUGGAACAGCAUUAGAUCACGGUGUCACAGCUGUGGGAUAUGGUACAGAAAAUGGAGUUGACUAUUGGAUCGUGAGAAACUCAUGGGGCAAGAGCUGGGGAGAGAACGGGUAUGUGAGAUUGGAACGUAAUCUGGCUACAAGCAACACUGGAAAAUGUGGAAUUGCGAUGGAGUCGUCGUACCCAAUUAAAAAAGGCCCAAAUCCCCCAAACCCUGGACCAUCACCCCCUUCACCUGUAAAGCCACCAACUGUUUGCGAUAGUUAUUACAGCUGUGCUGAGAGCACUACUUGCUGCUGCGUAUACGAAUAUGGAAAGUAUUGCUUUGCCUGGGGAUGUUGUCCUCUUGAAGCUGCGACCUGCUGUGAAGACCACUCCAGUUGCUGCCCUCACGACUAUCCUAUUUGCAACCUUGAAGAAGGCACUUGUCUCAUGAACAAGAACAGUCCAUUUGGAGUGAAGGCUAUGAAGCGCACUCCAGCUAAACCCCACUGGGCUUUUGGGGCUAAGAACAAAGUAAGCAGUGCUUAAGUGAAUGGUGUAUGACGAAGCCAGGGCGGACAAAGUAGACUGAUAGCAUGUUUGAUAAUCUUUUCAUUAUGAUGCAUGCCCAUAAAUAUACUGAUAGCUGCAUUUGAAACUUUAUCAGAUAAAUGGUCUGCAAACUUUAUAGUCAAGCAUUUGCUCUGUACAUAUGGUUGUAUUUACGUGUUAUUGUAUUCGAGCCUUGAAGGCAAGAACACGAUUAUUGUAAGGUUUCCAGCUUCUGUAGGCUGAUUACGUUUAUCAUUUGACAAUGCCACAAUGGUGGAAUGAAUUUCAUAUUCACAUGAUGCA